GAGCCCCAAGAGCAGCAGCCUGUCUCUCUCAGAUUAUUAAAUUCCUCCACGCCUUCUCUCUCUCCGAUUCUUCUCCUAUUCCUAUGCCCCCCACUUUCCUCUUCCCCCAUCUUCUCGCAGCAGAGAGGUUUGUUUGGUGGUUUCUCUUCUUCGUCUAGUCGUCGUUCCCUUUUUUCCCUGUCGCGGCGGCGAUAGGGUUCGGCUUUCCGUUAACGAUCACCUGCUCCGGUGGUGGUCGCCUGUAAAUGCUUAAGGCCUCCUCCGGUAGUUCAGAUCCUGCGGCGGCGGCGGUGGAUUUGUUCUUGACUCUGCUCUUGUUCUUCUUCUUGGGAGGGAUCUCUUUGUUCUUGGGCGAUUCAGCAUGCCUGCCUUCCACGCAUACGGAGAUGGUGGGUGCCUCGUCUCUGUCCCGGCGGAGCUGGCCGGGAUGUUCUGCCGCGGCGGCGGAGGGGUGGUGGUUGUGCAGCGGCAGCAGCGGAAGCGGUCUUUCGUGGCCGCGUCGGCGGUCGCCGCGGCGGCGGCGGAGUGCGUGAGGGCCAGCAAGAAGCAGCAGAGGCAGCCCCCGCAGCCGUCCCUCGACGCGCUCCCGGACGAGUGCCUCUUCGAGGUCCUGCGCCGCCUACCCGGCGGCCGCGAGCGCGCCGACUCCGCCUGCGUCUCCCGCCGCUGGCUUGCGCUCCUCGCCAGCAUCCGGGCCUCUGAGCUCGGCCAGGCCACGGCGGCCGCUCCCCCGUCCCUUCCUGAUCUCAACGAGGAGUUCGUCAUGGAGGAGGACACCGACGAUUCCCCCGUGGAUCCCUGCGUCGAGAGGGUCCUCGAGGGUAAGGAGGCCACCGAUGUGCGCCUCGCCGCCAUGGCUGUCGUUGCCGGAUCCCGCGGCGGGCUGGAGAAGCUCGCCGUCCGUGGGAGCCACCCGACUCGUGGCGUCACGGACCAGGGCCUCUUGGCUGUUGCCCGUGGCAGCCCGAACCUCUGCUCGCUCGCCCUGUGGGAUGUGCCGCUUGUGACCGAUUCUGCGCUUGCCGAGAUCGCAGCCGGGUGCCCCUUGCUGGAGCGUCUGGAUAUCACUUCUUGCCCGCUCAUCACAGACAAGGGCCUUACUGCUGUUGCUCAGGGGUGCCCGAACUUGGUGUCUCUGACCAUUGAGGCGUGCUCUGGUGUUGCCAACGAGGGCCUGAGGGCGAUUGGCCGGUGCUGCUCGAAGCUGCAGGCUGUGAGCAUCAAGAACUGUGCGCGUGUGGGUGACCAGGGCAUCUCUAGCCUUGUGUGCUCGGCUUCCGCCUCCCUGGCCAAGAUCCGUCUCCAGGGCUUGAACAUCACUGAUGCUUCGCUUGCCGUGAUUGGGUACUAUGGGAAGUCUGUCACAGAUCUUACACUUGCCCGCCUUGCUGCUGUUGGAGAGAGGGGAUUCUGGGUGAUGGCCAAUGCAUCCGGCCUGCAGAAAUUGAGGUGCAUCAGUGUUAACUCUUGCCCUGGGAUCACCGAUCUUGCGCUUGCUUCUAUUGCCAAGUUCUGCUCAAGCUUGAAACAGCUUUGCCUCAAGAAGAGUGGACAUGUAUCAGACGCUGGUCUUAAGGCUUUUGCAGAAUCAGCAAAGUUGUUGGAAAACCUGCAGCUUGAAGAAUGCAACAGGGUUACUCUUGUUGGUGUUCUUGCUUGCCUUAUUAACUGCAGCCAGAAGUUCAGGACUCUCUCUUUGGUGAAAUGCUUGGGUGUCAAGGAUAUCUGCUCUGCUCCUGCACAGCUUCCUGUCUGCAAAUCACUUCGUUUCUUGACCAUCAAGGAUUGUCCGGGUUUUACUGAUGCAAGCUUGGCUGUGGUGGGGAUGAUUUGCCCCCAGUUGGAGCAAGUCGACCUGAGUGGUCUUGGUGAGAUCACUGACAAUGGGCUUCUUCCUUUGAUUGGAUCUUCUGAGGGUGCUUUUGUCAAGGUUGACUUGAGUGGUUGCAAGAACAUCACAGAUCUAGCUGUUUCUUCCCUGGUGAAGGUGCAUGGAAAAUCUGUUAAGCAAGUUAGCCUCGAGGGUUGCAGCAAGAUAACAGAUGCAAGCCUCUUCUCCAUUUCUGAGAACUGCACUGAGCUUGCGGAGCUUGAUCUUUCUAACUGCAUGGUUAGCGACUCUGGUGUUGCAAGCCUGGCGUCCACAAGUAACUUCAAGCUUCGUGUCCUGUCACUGUUUGGCUGCUCAAAUGUCACUCAGAGGAGUGUGCCGUUCUUGGGCAACAUGGGGAAGUUGGAGGGCCUCAAUAUUCAGUUCUGCAACAUGAUUGGCAACCACAACAUUGCAUCUCUGGAGAAGCAGCUCUGGUGGUGCGACAUUCUUGCUUAGCGAGACAAGAUGCUUCAUUGCUGGCUGGGCUCGUGUACACUGAACGGGUCAGCCGCCUCCAUAUGCAGAUACACGUCCUUAGCAGCAGUAGCGCAACCGUCAAUCCCGUAUUAGCCAGUUUUUUGGCUCGUGCAAGGGCCGUGGUGGGCUUUCGAACUUUGUUCGAGGUCCGGUCAUUUUUUGGAGGGCGCAUUUAGCCAAAUGCUCGUUUUUUCACAGAUAACCCCUCAGGAGGUAAUCUGUUUUUUGAGCAUCUGGUUGCCAUCACUGGCAUCCUGCCCCUCCAUCCAGGCACCGUUCCUUGCCAUUAUAGCCACACCUUACUGGUUUUUUAGGUUGCUCUAGUGUCCAGUGUCAUUUUUCAAAGCUUUCCUGGUUACGAAGUCGCAGGCGCCAAUGGCUGUUCUGAAGCUCCACGACACCGACUGCUGGCAUCGCCUGCAGUUGGAUGCUGGUGUCCAGGAUUGCUGAUGCCCGUAGGGUCUGCCGACUUAUCUAGUGGGUAUGGUUAUUGAGUUUGGGUUUGUGGGAGUCCUGUGUGUUGUUUCUCUGUUAGUGUCUGUGUGUGUGGAGUCAUGUAGGGUUGCUUUUUUCUUGCAGUUCCCCUUUGGGAUGCCUGGUGUUCAUGGGGAUCUGGCUGUCGCAAGGCGCAUACUAGAGCCUUGCGAUGACAGCCUUGCAUGGUUGUUUUUUCGCGACAGAUCCCCGAUUUUACCGGCAGAUUGUUGAGGACUGUAAUCUUUGCAACCUUAUCGGAAUAAAUGAAGUAUGUUUGUGUUUAA